GCCGCUUUGUUCGCGGAGGAUGCGGCGCGCCUAACCCCGGCCGAGGCGGUGGGGCCGCAGCGGGGGCAGGGGCAGCCCUCCGCCGGAAAACUCCGCGCCGCCCUCCUUCCUCCUCCUCUUCCUCCUCCUCCCGCUCGCGGCCCCGGCGCGGAGCGAUGCUCUGGGGGCCGGCGGGCGGCGAUGGAGCGGGGCGGUAGCGCGGAGCCGCCGAGCACAGCCGCCCCUCGGGCAGCCGCCCGCCGCCCCUGAGCGCCCGCAGGAGGAGGAGGAGGAGGAAGAGGAAGGCCGGGGGAGCCAGCAGACCGCGGCCAUGGAGGAGUGGCGGCAGUGCGGCCGCUGGCUCAUCGACUGCAAAGUUUUGCCCCCGAACCACCGGGUGGUCUGGCCCUCGGCCGUGGUCUUCGACCUGGCGCAGGCGCUGCGGGACGGGGUGCUGCUGUGCCAGCUGCUCCACAACCUCUCCCCCGGCUCCAUCGACCUCAAGGACAUCAACUUCAGGCCGCAGAUGUCCCAGUUCCUGUGUUUGAAGAACAUCCGGACCUUCCUAAAAGUGUGUCACGACAAAUUUGGCUUAAGGAACAGCGACCUCUUUGAUCCCUUUGACCUCUUCGAUGUCCGGGAUUUCGGCAAGGUGAUCUCUGCAGUAUCCAGGCUCUCCUUCCACAGUAUUGCUCAAACCAAAGGAAUUAGGCCCUUCCCUUCGGAGGAGACCACGGAAAAUGAUGAUGACGUGUACCGGAGCUUGGAGGAGCUGGCGGACGAGCACGAUCUGGGGGAGGACAUCUACGACUGCGUCCCCUGCGAGGAUGAGGGCGAUGAUAUCUACGAGGAUAUCAUCCGAGUGGAGGUCCAGCAGCCCAUGAAAAUGGGAAUGACAGAAGAUGACAAAAGGAAUUGCUGUUUGCUCGAAAUCCAAGAAACCGAGGCCAAAUACUACAAAACACUUGAAGAUAUAGAAAAGAACUACAUGAACCCCCUGAGGCUGGUACUGACUCCCCAAGACAUGGAAGCUAUUUUUAUCAAUUUGGAGGACCUAAUUAAAGUGCACUUCAGUUUCCUGAGAGCCAUCGAUGUCUCCAUGAUGUCUGGAGGAAGCAGCCUGGCAAAAGUGUUCCUGGAGUUCAAAGAGAGGCUGCUGAUUUAUGGCAAGUACUGCAGCCACAUGGAAUAUGCCCAGAACACCCUGAACCACCUCCUGGCCAACCGGGAGGACGUCCGGCAGAAGGUGGAGGAGUGCACGCUAAAGGUCCAGGAUGGGAAAUUCAAAUUGCAAGACCUGCUGGUGGUUCCAAUGCAAAGAGUUCUGAAGUAUCAUCUCCUGUUAAAAGAGCUGCUCAGCCAUUCCUCAGACCGGCCAGAGAAGCAGCAGCUGAAGGAGGCUCUGGAGGCGAUGCAGGACUUGGCCAUGUACAUCAAUGAAGUCAAGAGGGACAAAGAGACUUUGAAGAAAAUCAGUGAAUUUCAGAGCUCUAUAGAAAACCUGCAAGUGAAGCUGGAGGAGUUUGGGAGGCCGAAGAUCGACGGGGAGCUCAAGGUGCGCUCCAUAGUGAACCACACCAAGCAGGACAGGUAUUUAUUUUUAUUUGAUAAAGUGGUGAUCGUCUGCAAGAGGAAAGGAUACAAUUACGAGCUGAAGGAAAUUAUUGAGCUGCUCUUCCACAAGAUGACUGAUGACCCCAUGAAUAACAAGGACAUUAAGAAGUGGUCGUACGGCUUCUACCUGAUCCACCUGCAGGGGAAGCAGGGCUUCCAGUUCUUCUGCAAGACAGAGGAGAUGAAGAGGAAGUGGAUGGAGCAGUUUGAAAUGGCCAUGUCCAACAUAAAGCCAGAGAAAGCCAAUGCAAACCACCACAACUUCCAGAUGUACACAUUCGAAAAGACGACCAACUGCAAAGCCUGCAGGAUGUUCCUGAGAGGAACCUUCUACCAGGGCUAUCUCUGUCCCAAAUGUGGAGCAGGUGCUCACAAGGAGUGCUUGGAGAUUAUUCCUCCCUGCAAGAUGGGUUCUUCAGCAGACCAGGAUUCACUGGGUGCAGGACCUGGUCCUAAAAUGGUGGCGGUUCAGAAUUACCAUGGGAACCCAGCCCCUCCUGGGAAGCCAGUGCUGACCUUUCAAAUCGGGGAUGUGAUCGAGCUGCUGAGGGGGGACCCCGACUCGCCGUGGUGGGAGGGGAGGCUGCUGCAGACGAAGAAGUCGGGUUAUUUCCCCAGCUCCUCGGUGAAACCCUGCCCCGUGGAUGCCAGGCCCCCCAACAGCCGGCCGCCCUCGCGGGAGAUCGACUACACGGCGUACCCGUGGUUUGCAGGGAACAUGGAGAGGCAUCAGACAGACAACCUGCUCAAGUCCCACGUCAGCGGCACCUACCUGAUCCGGGAGCGGCCGGCUGAGGCCGAGCGCUUCGCCAUCAGCAUCAAGUUCAACGAGGAGGUGAAGCACAUCAAGGUGGUGGAGAAGGACAACUGGAUUCACAUCACGGAAGCCAAGAAGUUCGAAAGCUUGCUGGAGCUGGUCGAGUACUACCAGAGCCACUCGCUGAAGGAGAGCUUCAAGCAGCUGGACACGACGCUGAAAUACCCGUACAAAUCCCGGGAGCGCUCUACCUCCAGGACCUUCACCCGCUCCCCAGUGUUCACCCCCCGGGUCAUAGGCACGGCCGUGGCACGGUACAACUUCGCGGCGCGGGACAUGCGGGAGCUGUCGCUGCGGGAGGGGGACGUGGUGAAGAUCUACAGCAGGAUUGGAGGGGACCAGGGAUGGUGGAAGGGGGAAACCAACGGAAGGGUGGGCUGGUUUCCCUCGACGUACGUGGAGGAGGAGGGCGUGCAGUGACGGCGGCCGUGGCCGCUGGAAGUCGUCGAGCGCCCGGAGCCGGCAGCUGCAGCCCGAGCACACCGUCCCCGUGCCGGACACCUCCCAGGACUGCCCCUGCAGCCCCCCCGCGUUCCCCUCUCCGUCCAGGCUGCCCCGGCCUCGCCCCCGUUCCGUGUACAGAAGAUGGAUGGGCUGUAGGAUGGCGCCGGCGGAGCGGCUGCGGGAGAGCCCCGGGAGAGCCGCGCUCGCCCCGCAUGGACAGAGCUCAGAGACUCUGGGGUGCCCCUCCGGGCCGCGGGCGCUGCGCCCCUCCGCUGCCAAGGGGUUUUCAAAAGCCACCGUGGGGAUGGUGGUUGGGAGGGUGAGGCCGAAGGUUUUGUGCCUGGGUGAGAAUUUGGGGGGUCCCGGGGGAGGGAGCCCCAAGGAGAUAACGCAGAGCCCCUGCCACACCACCCAGGUGGUGCCCCAGGUCAGGAUUUUGGCAGUGGCCCUGGCAGCCGUGGGCAGCACCGUGCUGUGGCCAGGGCGAGGGGCAGGCUGGGGACACCCGGCCCGGGAGGAGGAGAGGGCUGUGACCAUUCCGAUCCUCAGAUGUAGGCUGGAAUUGGACCUUUAGGUCAGCCAGGAGGGGAAAGAGCCAUUUCGGCACCCCCAAAGCCCAUUUUCUUUACAGUCGCCUCAGUCCCACCAGCCUUGCUGCGGGCAGGGGGUGCCCAGGGAGCAGACUGGGGAGCAGCGGGUCUCGGUGCAGUGCAGGACUGGAGAUGUGCCCCACACGAGGGUUUCAGAGGCCUCCAAGGCAGCAGGUACAUGCAGAGGAUGUGUCCCUGGGUCUGUCCUCCCCUCGCUGGCAGCAGGACCCCCCAAGCCAGGCUGAUUUUCCUUGCAGCUGUGACAAAUCCCAGCUCAUGAGCUCAGGGCGAACCCACCUGAAUAAGGGCUACGGUGUCAAGUCCUGAACCCUGUCCCUGAGCUGUGACCUCCUCUUCCCAGCUGUGUGCACUUUCUGGGGGCUGGCAGCGUUGUCCCCCACUCCUCCUCCCACAGGCUGUUCCUGCUGUCAAAGGUCCGUGUGUUGUGACAUUCCCAUCACAUCCCGAGCACCUUCCGUCCGAGUCUGCCCUUCCCAAAGUGCAAAUACAAACAAAACACACGUGUGGGGCCGUGACAGGGAACGGCUUUCCUCCAGCUGAGCCCCAGGAGCUGCCUCUGUGAAUACAUUUUUGUUUAGAGCGUUUUGAGCUGGCGCUUCCACGCCCUGACGUGGUUCCCCUGGGAUUUGUGGUGUGCAGCAUCGCGUUCCUGCUGUGGGAUCCCGCUGCAGGCCUGGGAGGUGCCGGUGCUGGGUGCAGCAGAACCACGCUUGGGAUAAGAAAUGGGAGAGUUUGGAUGUCCCAAGGACAAGGGAAGGAUGCUAACCUGGGAAUUACACGCUGCUGCUCGGUGAUGACCCCAAGAGCCAGCUUGCUUUGCUCCCUGGGUCUCUGGGAGUGCCCCCACUCAUGGGGGGGUGUGAGGUGGGUGCAGACGGGAGGUGACAGGGACAUGGGGGGGCUCAGGGCAUUCCCAAGGUACUGUUUGGUGCUAACCCCUCCCAGCCAGCCCCUCCACGCUCAGUUUGAGGGGAGCAGCCAGCAGGGAGCUGGCAAUCCCCUGCUCCCGCGCAGAGCAGAGGGUCCCAUCCCCAUCGCAGAGGCCGUGCCGGAGCCGAGGGGGCGUUUGGGACACACAAACUCCUGGUCUGCCUCAGAUCCUAAAGCCUUACAGCCCCUCCUGUUUAACGUGGUGAUUUGGCCAGGUGGCCAGGGCAUCACCUUGGCAGAGCACAGCCCUGCCACAGCGACCAGGGCACCUCUGUCCCUCCCAGCCCAAAGGGACCCCCACCCUCUGCCAAACCCCCUCCCCCAGAGAGCUCUCCCUCUUGUGUUUACUGGUGUAAGAAACUUGUUCAGAAAAGAGAUUGUUCUGUUUGUAAGUAAUUAUUCAGCCAUUUGCCACAAAUAUAUCUGUGAAUAAGAAAGGGAUUUUUUUUUUUUUCUUUUUUUUCUUUUUAAAUGACGGCGAGAAAAUUGUAUGUAUUAUUUUAGUUCGUGGCGGAUCGUUCGGAAUCGCAACGGGAUGCGUUGGAAAAUAAUAUGUAAAUUCCUCGGGUUUUUUCCUUUGCACUGCACUAACUGGGGUAGGGUGGAGGGGGUUUGAAGAUGAAACUGUUUGUUUUAAUGGACUAGUUUAGAGCUGGGAAUUUGGAAAUCAUUUGGAAUAGCUUGUAAUGCUGGAAUAGAAACUUUUAGCUGCUACUUAGAAAACCCUUUUGCAUGUGGUUUUUCCAGGCCUUUUUAAGUUACGAUUCAUCAAAGUAAAUUCCUCAAUGGGGAAAAAAAAAAACCAACCCGACAAAAUAAAGUGUAAUUUUGCUGAUA